ACAAAGUUUCCCCAAAACAUUUUUUUAACAGGAGAAAAAAAAAAGAAAAGCUUUUCUGCGAGAGGAGUCGCGGGCCAGCCGCCAGACUGAACUCGGUUUGCUAUUAGAAGGGCAUCUCUGAAGUUCUCCUGCUUUGAAGGGAUUUACAUUUAUUCUGUAACCACGGCUUCCAAGGUGGACUCCGUGUUUUCCUCUCUGUCUCUACAUUUCUUCAAGAAAGAAAUGGAAGAGGGCUCCAGCUCCCCGGUCUCCCCUGUGGAUAGUCUGGUGACGAGCGAGGAGGAGCCGGAGCGGCAGCAGAAGCGCUUCUCCAGGAAGAGGAGGCACAGCAAGAAGUCCGGGGAGGACAGCAGCGGCAGCGGGAGCAGCCCCGGCCCCGGUCCGGUGAAGCGGGGCAAGAAGCCCAGCCCGAGCAGCAGCCAGUCGUACGAGGAGCUGCAGAACCAGCGGGUCCUGGCCAACGUCCGGGAGCGCCAGCGGACUCAGUCUCUGAACGAGGCCUUCGCGUCUCUGCGCAAAAUCAUCCCCACGCUGCCGUCGGACAAACUGAGCAAGAUCCAGACGCUGAAGCUGGCCUCCAGGUACAUAGACUUCCUGUGCCAGGUGCUGCAGAGCGACGAGAUGGACAGCAAGAUGUCCAGCUGCAGCUACGUAGCGCACGAAAGACUCAGUUACGCGUUCUCGGUGUGGAGGAUGGAGGGCGCCUGGUCCAUGUCAGCAUCCCACUAGCAGGCAGGGACCGACACUUAAUGCCAAAGCGACUGUUUGCUUCUAAACGACGUAAAAGAGAUUAUUGAAGAACUGAUCAACCUCAGAGGCCAGGGAUGGAGCAGAGGCGAGAUGCGAGCCACAAGCGCAGGAGGAGUGUGGGAGUGUGUGUGGACGCAGAUUCAUCACGCCGCGGAGGACUGGACUGUGCAGAGUGCCAACGCAGAGCAGCCAGCUGCGCACCUUUACGGCCUGUGCUCUCACCAAAGCCACCCUCUUUUAAACAUGGAGAUUUAUUUUCUUUUUCAAAGACUUUAAGUCAGAAUAUGAGUUUAUAUAUAUAUGAAUAAAUGAAAGCAUAUUGUACAUAAUUGUGUAACUAUAUCCUGUAAAAGGGACCAAUGCAAUUCGGAGUCUUUUCGCUGCAUGGGGUUUUAUUCCAACGACUUUCCUCUAAGUUCCGUCCAGUUUCCACUGUUGUUUUUGCUUAUUUAUUAAACGGGUAUUUUUUUUAAACAAACCAAAAAAAAA